UUCAUGGUGCCAGCACCAUCGACAUCCAGUUUGUGACGUCUUGCCACUUGACAUCAAUUUCCUUGAAUUUGCGAAUUGUUGUUAGGGUUUAAUUUUAAUAAAAUGAGCGAAAAACGGGUGGUCAUAUUCAGGAACGGGACGAACACGAAUGGAGAAGUUUUUGCACUUCCGCAAACCUUGGAAGAGUUAGUGAGCCAGGCGUAUUUAAGGUUUAACUCGAAAGUCCGUCGCUUGUUUAUCGAAGACGGGACCGAAGUCACCGAAAUUUCCUUUGUGCGCAAUAACGACAAUCUGUACGUUUCAAGUGGCGAGGAGUUCAUUCCUCCCCCGAAAAAUGCCACCAAAAGAGUAAAAUGCUCAGACUGGGUUACGCUGAAUGUUGGUGGGAAGUACUUCACAACGUCUAAAAGCACUCUAACGACCAAAGAGCCCGACAGCAUGUUGGCGCGAAUGUUCGCGGGCGAUGAGGACGGUUAUUUGUUCACUCCCAGCAAUAUCGACAAAAACGGGGCUUUUCUCAUCGAUCGGAGCCCCUUAUACUUCGAACCCAUAAUCAACUACUUAAGAAACGGUCAAUUAAUCUAUGAUAGUAACAUAAACCCUGAGGGGAUCCUCGAAGAGGCGCGCUUUUUCGGGAUUGAGUCAAUAAUCCCCACCUUGGAGCAGAUAAUCGCCCAGCAGAGUGUGAACAGAGACAAUUUACCGCUAACCCGACGUGAUGUGAUCGACGCCUUAAUCCGAAGUGCCUACACGACCGAGCUGCGCUUCCAAGGAGUCAAUUUAUCAGGCGCUGAUUUGAGCAAACUGGACCUGCGUUACAUCAACUUCAAGUACGCCAACCUGCAAGGCUGCAAGCUGACCGGCUCCAACCUGAGCUACUGCUGCCUGGAGAGGGCCGACCUGUCCUACGCCAACCUGGACGGGGCCCAGCUCCUGGGCGUGAAGUGCCUGUGCGCCAACCUGGAGGGCGUCAGCAUGAAGAACUCGAAUUUCAAGGACCCGGCCGGGGGCAGGGCCAACAUGGAGGGCGUCAACCUGAAGGGGGCCAACCUGGAGGGCAGCGACAUGGGCGGGGUCAACCUGAGGGUGGCCACCUUGAAGAACGCCAAUUUGCAGAACUGCGACCUGCGAGCCGCCGUCUUGGCCGGGGCGGACUUGGAGUUUUGCGACUUGUCGGGUAGCGAUUUGCAUGAAGCUAACUUGAGGGGGGCGAAUUUAAAGGACGCCGCGUUUGAACUCAUGCUGACUCCGCUGCACAUGUCGCAGACGAUUCGUUAAAGUGGUUGUGAUCGAUUUUGUAUAAAUUUACCAUUAAACUAGCCUAGGUUGUGUAUUGCGAUGUAAUUUUUAUUAUGUAUUAUGUUUUACGUCAUUUUUAAAGAAUUAUUAAAGUUAUGGACAUGAAA